AUGGUUAGUGGACUCUCAAAGAAGAAGACCACAGCUAAACAGCUUUCCAAACUAACCAUUAAUACAAUGUCCGAAAUUACUUUAGGUCGCUACCUGUUCGAGAGACUAAGACAGAUCGAGGUGCAAACCAUCUUCGGUCUACCUGGUGACUUCAACUUGUCUUUGCUUGACAAGAUCUACGAGGUCGAGGGCAUGAGAUGGGCCGGUAACGCCAACGAAUUGAACGCUGCCUACGCUGCCGAUGGUUACGCCAGAUUGAAGGGCAUGUCGUGUUUGAUCACGACCUUCGGUGUCGGCGAGCUAUCUGCCUUGAACGGUAUUGCCGGUUCCUACGCCGAGCACGUUGGUGUGCUACACGUUGUUGGUGUCCCAUCCAUCUCCGCACAGGCCAAGCAGUUGUUGUUGCACCACACUUUGGGUAACGGCGACUUCACUGUGUUCCACAGAAUGUCUGCCAACAUCUCCGGCACCACCGCUAUGAUCAGUGACAUCACCAGUGCGCCAGCCGAAAUUGACAGAUGCAUCAGAACCUGUUACAUUACCCAGAGACCAGUUUACCUAGGUCUACCAGCCAACAUGGUUGACUUGAAGGUCCCAGCCUCCUUGUUGGAGACGCCAAUUGACUUGAACUUGAAGCCUAACGACCCAGAGGCCGAGGCUGAAGUUGUCGAGACCGUUUUGGAGAUGAUUGCGGCUGCCAAGAACCCUGUCAUUUUGUCUGAUGCCUGUGCCUCCAGACAUGACGUCAAGGCCGAGACCAUGAAGUUGAUCGACGUGACCCAGUUCCCAGCCUUCGUCACCCCUAUGGGUAAGGGUUCCAUCUACGAGCAGCACCCAAGAUUCGGUGGUGUCUAUGUCGGUACCUUGUCUUCUCCAGAGGUCAAGGAGGCCGUUGAGUCUGCUGACUUGGUCCUAUCUGUUGGUGCCUUGCUAUCUGACUUCAACACCGGCUCUUUCUCCUACUCCUACAAAACCAAGAACGUCGUCGAGUUCCACUCUGACCACAUCAAGAUCAGAAACGCUACCUUCCCAGGCGUGCAGAUGAAGUACGUCUUGAGAAAGUUGGUCGACAACGUGGCAGAAGUCAUUAAGAGCUACGUACCAGUUCCAGUUCCAAGCAAGCCAGCUAACAACGAGGAGAUUGACUCCGCUACCCCUCUAAAGCAGGAGUGGCUAUGGAACCAGGUUGGGAAGUUCUUGCGCGAAGGCGAUGUCGUCAUCACCGAGACCGGUACCUCUGCUUUCGGUAUCAAUCAGACCCACUUCCCUAACAACACAUACGGUAUCUCCCAGGUCUUGUGGGGCUCCAUUGGUUUCACCACUGGUGCUUGUCUAGGUGCUGCAUUUGCUGCUGAGGAGUUGGACCCUAACAGAAGAGUCAUUCUAUUCAUCGGUGACGGUUCCUUGCAAUUGACUGUCCAGGAAAUCUCCACCAUGGUCAGAUGGGGCUUGAAGCCAUACUUGUUCGUUUUGAACAACGAUGGUUACACCAUCGAGAGAUUGAUCCACGGUGAGACCGCUCAAUACAACGACAUUCAGCCAUGGCAACACUUGAACUUGCUACCAACCUUCGGUGCCAAGGACUACGAGGCUGUCAGAGUUUCCACCACUGGCGAGUGGGACGCUUUGACCCAGGACAAGGCCUUCAACGAGAACUCGAAGAUCAGAAUGAUCGAGGUCAUGUUGCCAGUCAUGGACGCUCCUUCCAACUUGGUCAAGCAGGCUGAGUUGACCGCUGCUACCAACGCCAAACAGGAGUAA